UGCGCAGCUCAGUCACCUUGAGCAGGUAACUCUACAUUCAGCGCAAAACAGAUUAGAUAUGGAUUCGAUCAGUGAUUAAACGUAGUGAUCAGUGAUUUCAGGAUCGUCGCGCGCGCGCGAGGAACGCGGGCAUCUCGGCGCGCGCCUUGUGUGAGAGGAAUGCGCCUUAUUUUCCCUCGGAUGAGAUCUCUUUGCGCCUUUUUCUCCCCGGAGGAGAGGCACUCGCCUUGUUCUGUCUGCACUCUCCUCGUCUGCGGAGUGGCUGCACUGAGCAGCGUUGACGAGGAAGUGGAGGAAAAGUUGUCGCGGCGCGGACUUUGAGGUCAUAUAUGAAGAUCGGGACUGCGCGCAGACAUGCCCAUGCACCCCGUCACUUCCACUUUGAUGUACCGAGGGAUCUGCACCAUCCCGGACAUCCUCUCGUACGGGACACCGGUCAACCUACCUGAAGAUGAAGUGGAGGAGAUUCGGGAAGCGUUUAAGGUGUUUGAUCGUGAUGGGAACGGCUUUAUCUCUAAGCAGGAGCUGGGCAUGGCCAUGCGCUCUCUGGGGUAUAUGCCCAACGAGGUGGAACUGGAGGUCAUCAUCCAGAGACUGGACAUGGACGGAGACGGCCAAGUGGACUUUGAGGAGUUUGUGACACUCCUGGGGCCAAAGAUCUCCACGGCCGGGAUGCCUGACAAGUUCAACGGCACAGAUUUCGACUCCGUGUUCUGGAAGUGCGACAUGCAGAAGCUCACCGUGGACGAGCUGAAGCGUCUCCUUUACGAGACGUUCUGCGAUCACCUGACCAUGAAAGACAUCGAGACCAUCAUCAUGACGGAGGAGAACCACAUCGAGAACCCCGAGGACUGCCAAGUGGACAUCGACUCGGAGAGUCCGACACAGCAGGUGAAACAGACGUGCGUAAGGAAGAGUCUGAUCUGCGCCUUCGCCAUCGCUUUCAUCAUCAGUGUUAUGCUCAUCGCGGCCAAUCAGGUGCUCCGCAGUGGCAUGAAAUAACGUUGGCGUUCAAUCACAAACCCGGGAACAUUCUACACUGACUGAAAGCAACACUGUAAACGAAACAAAACGAAAUACACCGCCACAAGAAGCGACAAACUGAGUCCAACUAAACCACCUGGCAGUACUGUGAUUUAAUUUGUAAUUCAUUCAAUUGCAAAUUUGUAAUAAGUACUGAAUGGAAUCUAUUAUAAACAGACCUACAACUGAAGGAGAGAAAAAAAAAAGUAAAAAAAAAAAAAAAAAAGUGUUUGAUUCGGAUCCACGUCCUGAUCAGGUCAUGCGACUAAAGAAACUCUACUUUCUCACUGGCCUUGAUGUCCAAGAUGCAUGGAAACCUCCAACCCAGGACCCUCCUCCUCCUCCUCCUCCAGUGCAUGAAGUGAUGAAGUGAUGCAUGGACUUCCAGUAGUCUUAUAGCAUCUGUCGUUUUAUCUGUAUGCCAGCGGAGGAGUCGAGGAUAUCAUCUUUAGAUUGGAAAUAUACCCUCUAUACAGCGUGUUGGUCCAUGUGCAUGACUACAAGGGCUGUUCAGGAUAUGCUCAUGUUGUAAUGUGUGUGUGUGUUACGUGUUGUUUAUCAGUUUCCGUGCUUUCUUACCUGUUGCACUGAGCACACUGUAGUAAUAUUUCACACUGCCAAAGGGGGGCGCAACAGCCCUGAAGUGUUGUUGUGGUGAUGUAUUGAGGUUCUGUAUUUCUUUGGAACUGGGAACCGGAAGUUGACGACCCUUGAGAUCUAACAUCUUUGUAUGACUAGCUCCUUCGAUAUUGGCUGUAGCUCCUGUGGUGUAUUUAGACUCGAAUGUCUCCGUUGGUCUUGACAAUUAUUUCUGGACGAAUCGGUUUGGGUGGGGUCAUAUCGGAAGUAGGUGACGUCCAGUAAUGUUGUGUCUCCAUCUCCGGUAGGAAGUUACCUGACACCCCCCCCCCGUAGGAAGAAGGGUUAGAACAGCAGGAAGUUAAUUAUCUAGUCCCAAGGGUGACGUCAAUGUGAUGCAGCUAAAUAAUUGCACAGUAAAGAUAAUUUUGAUCAAUUAUAAUGAAUUUAGUUUUUUUUUUUAAUUGGACUUGGAAUUGGCGAAGCCACGUGAAAAAACGAGUCAAUAAAAAAAAAUACUGAGAAAAUACACGCACAACGAUAAACGUUUGACUUUAUCAUACCUACCAGAUUUUCUAGCACCGGCACUUUUCCCGACGCGAUGCCACUACCUAACAUUACGCAGUCUGACACACCCACGUCAGAUGGAAAGCAUUGCAAAUCUUUAGUAAAUUGUUUUUCCGUUUAUAUCCCACGUUAACACUGACUUUAAAAGACGAAAACAGUGUACAUGUUCCCAAAAUAACACAAAGAAAAUAUAAGGUGAACAGAAAGAUGAAAGAUCAAGGUCAAGCUCAGGACUUCAAGGUGAACAGCAAUAUGUUUGAUCUGACCAAGACGUGAAAGCAGCAGGAUAUAGAAUGCUUUAAGAGUGUGUACAUCUUCUCCUGCACUUAC